AUGGAAAAUGCAAACAUGAAUGGGUCCUCGCACAGGGCCGGUCCUAACGAGGCCGCAACUCAUGGCGCAUUGAGCGCGGCGGGUGGAAGCGAAAAAUUGGGUUCUCGGACAUCUUCAAAUGGGUUAGCACAUGUGAAUGGCACAGGUCGCGAUGCACAAUCAGCCAAGCAACAUUCGAAAGCACUCCAGCGUGCCCCCAAUCCCUUCGACAUUCCACAUAUCACACAAGGCUUCUUUCCUUUCGGAACGCUUGUCCAUCGAGCGGUGCAAAAUUGCUGGAAUGAGCUCACGGAAUUAAUAUCGGAUCUGGCGACUGUUCAAGUGCCGCAAGACCAUUCAAGCGCACCUGGCGCAAGCGGAAAAUCUGCUGGGAAUCAAUCGGCACAAAACAUGCACAAGAAGCUCAAGAUCUUGGAAUGGGGGCACGCCAGAAGGGCAGAGUUUAUCAAGCUUCUUGUUCUCUCGGAAUGGAGUCGUCAUGCCGCCGACGUGAGCCGACUGAUCGAUAUUCAAGGUUUCAUUCGCACCCGUCAUCAGGCCUAUAUGACUGCCAUGCAUUCGGUGGGGAUGAUGAAGCAAGACCUUGUUCGGGCUCAGGUGGCCAACCCGGACUUGAAGACUGCUCUUGAGGUCCUUGCCAAAGGCAGGGUUGCUUCUUUGCCAGACUUUGGCUACAAGCCCCCCAAAUCUUUGUCACCACGGACGACUCUGAAAAAGUUACACAAAAUCAACCGAAUCAUCAGCGCGAGACUCAUAUUGCAAGAUCAAGUCCCAUAUGCACUGCGAAAUUAUCGCAUUCACGACGGCCGGGUUACAUUCACCGUAGCCGGUGAAUUUGAGCUUGACCUUUCAGUAGCGCAGGAGGCGAAGACGUCUCAAUUUUUCUUCGUUGACAUCCGAUUUCUUUUCCAGCCUUCUUCGCCGAUCCCUAAGGGUCGGAUCCUCGACGAGCUUGAAGUGGAGAUAAAUCGAAUUCUCUUCAGCGACGGGCUGCUCGCGUGCUUCAACUUCCUCCAUCAACUAGUUCUAACGAAUAAAGUCAACACUCUCUUCCGACAGGCUCAUGAGCUUUCUCACGGCUUAUGGUCUGGCCUCCUACAUAUCGAACUGCUGCAUCGCACGCUUGUUGUGCAAUACUGGACAGCGAGGGCAGGACCCAAAAGCUGGAUCGAGAUCGGCGUUCGACGAGGGAGCGGUGAUCGAAAUUCGGCCGUCCCGCAAUUGCACCUUCGUUGGAUGCGCGACGGUCAAUCGACCAAUAGCGCUGGUGUCAAAUUCGAUACCGACACACUGUCAAUGGAACGAAUCCUGCGUAGUGUGAUUGCGCUCCACAUUUCACAUUUGCUUUCACUCGUCUACACUACCUUGAAGAAGAAUCUUUUAUUCGCAAAUCACUUGCUCUCUCUGAGAGGCAAACUCUCUUCUUCAGAGCCCAGCGACUGCUAUCUCACUUUGCACAUGACUAUCACCCGAAAGUUGCAAAUCUCCAUCGAGCCCCAGACCGGAAAUCCCACACUCUCAGGCACCACAAGCGUGGUAGAACGACCGGAACCCGGUCCCCAGAAGCCAAUUGUGGAAGAGGUGCUCGGCCGAAUCACUCGCCUUCGCUGUGCCUCAGCUAUGGACGAGAUCGAGUCCGGCUCGAAAGGUCUGGGCUUAGAGCCUGUCAAUCCGAGAGUCGUUGGAAUGGACUUGCGCAAGCUUUUCCCGCCAAACACAGUGCGUUCCGCAUUUUUCACCCAUCAUACCUGGGACAGCCGCUGGGUCGUUGCUGCCACGAGCAGCAUGGAUGGCGAUAGCUGGUGGCUUGUACAACUUCGGCCAGAAGUUCGACGGUCAGCCACGCCGCUCGCAGUUCCCGACAAAGGUUCCAAUCCAGCGCUGGCGCAUGCUGUGAGCAACACGAUGAUGGGUCUUGGCCGGCGGACCGAUCACACCGCUUGCGCCGAACUAGUUUACGGCUUGACCGGCAUGUUGGCGAUUUAUGCCAACGCUUGUUCUUUGGCUGAACUGCCAGAAGCGCGCUUCCAGCCUUCUCUGGAAGAGUUUCAGUUUGAAGAAGAACUGGUGGUGCCCGAUCUUUACAUUGAUUAUCAGCCUUCGACGUUACCCAAAUCUUUACAAUUAGACUUGCCAUCCACACGCAUCCGAGAUGGCUCAUAUCUCAACAGCACCAUUCGCCUUUCUUACAAGGGUGUCGAUCGUAAUCAAAAUCUUGCCGUCCUAGUGGCGCAUGGCAACUUCAAGUGCCAGAUCAAGUCUCUGCCCAUGCUUGUCUCUCUCCUUGAUCCGGAGAUCGUCGUGCAGAACAAGGGAGGCGCCUUUGCUCUCCGCCUGGAGGUGCCAGCUGGUCAAACGGCCAUUUUUAGUCUCUUUGAGCGUUUGCAACGACUCGACUGCGUCAUCUAUCUCCUUCAACGCCUGAUUCGGAGCGGCAUGGAGCCGCGAUCAAUGUCUUUGUCUCAGAUUACCUUCCUCUACGGCACGCAGAAAGAGUUGCUCGCCACGUUCAGUGUUGGGGUUUCAGGGUCCACACUUGCGAAUACGAAUGAUGUUUCUCGAGUCAUUUCGCAAUCUGGUCCCCUGCACAGGCUACGAUUGAAAAUUAGCUUUGACAGCCCAAGUCCCCAUCGACGCAUCCAAGAACCCCUCACCGUCGUACUCAACAAGUGCUUUGCUGAGGCGGGAAUCGACCCUGUUCUCGCUUUGAUGGCCAAGACGAUGUCCCUUCUGCACAGCUUUGAUGAAAUUGUCAAGAAACCCCCUCAGUCGGAGACAAGUCUGGUGUACAUCACCACGCGUGGCCCGACGACAUACCAUAUGCACUUUCCCCGGUUACGGUAUCGGUUCCGGUUGACAGCUCAUUCGCGGCGGGGCAAGACCGAGUGGCUACUGGAUGAUGCCAGCCGAGAAUCAUCACCCGAGUUCCAAGUCGUCUCCGCCGUCGUUCAGGAGCAGAUCUACAAGGCUAAGGGCGAUGGUUGGCAAGGUCUCGGCGAUGGUGCCAGAGCGUCCAUCAGUCAUAUUGGCCACCUCCUUCAUAAGCUGCACGACUGUCUCGGUACAUGUGCGCCUGUGCCUGAACCUGUGAAGCAAGAGGGCAGCAACGCCAUCAAAGUAGAUCCCCAGGUCAAAUUCGAGGUUCGGCCACCGCUGCAACCCCAGCAGAAGCCUGCGCCUCCAUCAGCGGUCAAAUCGAAACAUGUGUCACCCAAGAAGAAGACUACGACAGGCGACAAUGACGUUAUAACCAUUGAUUGA